AUAACAAUUUGACAUUCAACAAAUCAAAACAAAAUGUGCUGCUGGUGUUGUUUUCCAUCGUUCUUUUUUAAAACUUGAAGAAAUUUUAAAGUUAAAGUUCAGAUUGUGGAAAAACUGCUAAAAAACUGCAACUGUGAAUUACGAAAAAACCUGCACUUCGCUUAAUCCGUUUGUGUGUCAAGAUGGCCGAGAAUAACAUUCACCUCGGCGGAAAUUCCGGAGAACAACAGAUGGCCAAGCCGCUGCAUAUUCAACGCUUAGAAGCAGCUCUGGAUAUGCGUCCCUUUCUGUCCUAUGCGAAGAAAAUGCUCUCAAAGUCCCUGACCAGCAGUGAGGAUGAAGACGACGACGAUUCUAGCGACGAUUCCGAUUCCGAUUCGUCGUCGAACGGAAAUAUCCGGAACUAUCGCAAGUUGGCAUACGGUCUCAAAGUGUCCAAACAAGAACGGAAUGAAGAUAAACGAUAUUUGUACAAUUUAACUUCGGUUGGUCCGGAACGCUUAUGGAUUCAGAACUUAUUGCUUUCCGAUACAGAGACGGAAAGUGAAAUUUCCGACGAGGAUGAUUACAUAAAAGAAAUGUUGAAAAAUCAUUUAAGGGAGAAGAAAUAUCGCGGAAAAUACUAUAGUACCAUAAAUAAUUCUCAGUACGGUUACUAUGGAGCAGGUCUGUUAUCGAACUACGACAUGUUUCCCGAACAUCAGCGAUCGAUAGUUGGAGUUCGUAAGCGCAAGAUCAAGCGUGAGAAGAAAAUGGGCAAAUUGAAACCCGGAAGAAAGAAAGCUAUCAAAAACGAAACCGAUGAUCGUGGUUCCGACCUGGGUGACAUCGAUUGGGAAGAACAAUUGGCAGCCUUGAAGAAUGAUAACGAUGAUGAUCUGGACUCAAAGCCUGCCAGCCCAACGGGUACGAAGUCGAAACGUGGUCGCAAAUCUGCAAUCAAAACGCCAGAAAUGAUGGCGGCCAGGCGUCGUAAAAUGUGGCAACUGAUGGCCAAGAAAGAACUUGGAAAAGUGCAACGCGCCAAGGUUAAUAAUCACAAAGACAUGGUCAUCAACUGUCGCCGGGUUGCGUCCCUGUGCAUGAAGGUAUCCCGCCAGAAGGCUAUGCAAUCGCAAAAAAUUAUGAAAGAAACCAUUUGGAAGGCUAAGCGACUGACUCGUGAAAUGCAAGGCUACUGGAAACGGUACGAUCGAGUAGAGAGAGAAACAAGACGGCGGAUGGAGAAGGAAGCUGAAGAGCAACGCAAGAUUGACGUUGAAAUGGUAGAAGCAAAACGUCAGCAGCGAAAACUUAACUUCCUUAUUACUCAAACGGAAUUGUAUGCCCACUUCAUGUCGAAAAAACUAGGAAAUGUAUCAAAAGAAGAACAAUUGAAGAUUUUAUCCCAGCUCGAUGAAGAAUCCAAUCCCAGACUAGCAGCUAUUGAUAACUAUGACAGUGACUUGAUGAAGCAUCAAGCCCAUAAGAAUGCGGUGGAUGCCUUCAAUAGUGAACGAGCUCGUAAACAACAAUUUGACAAUGCCGUUCAACAGCAUGUGCCAGUCAAUCAGAAGGUAGAUGAAUCUGGUAUGAUAAUCGACUUGCCUCAGCCUGGAAUAUUCCGUGGAUGUUUGAAAGGGUACCAGUUGAAAGGAAUGACUUGGUUGGCAAAUCUCUAUGACCAAGGAAUAAGCGGAAUUCUUGCCGAUGAAAUGGGACUUGGAAAAACAGUUCAGUCAAUAGCGUUCCUAUGUCAUAUAGCCGAAAGCUAUGGGGUCUGGGGACCGUUUUUGAUAAUUUCGCCAGCCUCAACGUUACACAAUUGGCAGCAGGAAAUGGAACGGUUCGUGCCAGAUUUCAACGUAGUACCAUAUUGGGGAUCACCGAAUGAACGUAAAAUUCUUCGUCAAUUUUGGGAACAGAAAGAUCUUCACACAAAAGAUGCAAGUUUUCAUGUGGUCAUUACUAGUUAUCAGUUAGUUGUCUCGGACUAUAAAUAUUUCAACCGUAUCAAGUGGCAAUAUAUGGUGCUGGACGAAGCACAAGCAAUCAAAAGCUCCAGUUCGGUGCGAUGGAAGCUGCUGCUAGGAUUUAACUGCAGAAACCGUUUGCUGCUGAGUGGCACACCGAUUCAAAAUAGUAUGGCCGAACUUUGGGCUCUGUUGCACUUUAUCAUGCCAACGCUGUUUGAUUCACAUGAGGAGUUCAACGAGUGGUUCUCCAAAGACAUUGAAAGUCAUGCUGAGAACAAAACCGGAAUCGAUGAAAAACAAAUCUCCCGGUUGCAUAUGAUACUUAAACCGUUUAUGCUAAGACGUAUUAAGAAAGACGUUGAAAACGAGCUUUCUGAUAAAAUCGAAAUUAUGGUCUACUGCCCCCUGACGACGCGCCAGAAGUUGCUCUACGUAGCGCUGAAAAAGAAAAUCCGAAUUGAAGACUUACUUCACCUAACCGGACACGGCACGGGCGAUGGUCACUCGUUUGAUAAAAACUUCACGUCGAACCUAAUGAACUUGGUGAUGCAAUUUCGCAAAGUGUGCAAUCAUCCGGAGCUCUUUGAGCGACGUGAUGCCAAAAGCCCAUUUUUCUGCCGAACAGCCGAAUAUCCCGUAGCACGAUUGAUUUUCAACGAUGGCAUUUUGAACAGAAUGUUUCCGAGCAAACGACACCUGCUGUACAAUCGGUUUCAUAUAUUCAAAAGUGAGAAUGUUCACCGAGCAGUAUUCCAAAACCGCGAUGGAUCAUCCGUGAAUUACAGCUGCAUCGAGGAUCUAAGUGUGGACAAUGCUUUCUCAUUCACUAGGAUGUGUUCUUUGUCACCUCAAGAAAUGGAGCGCCUGACCUUGGAAGGAUUGAUAUACUAUGUUCGCCACACCCAGCAAUGGUAUCAGUAUCUCAAACUACUACAUCAUCGAUGGAUUUGGUGGAAAAAUCAUUCCACAGCUAGCUGUAUGUUACUGGAGCCAACUUUUGAGCGAUGGGCCAGUCAACUGUUUUCUCCAUUUUACGAAGUGAUGAACAAUCUACUUUUUACCAGUACCUGCCAGAACAGUGUCUACACGCAUACUGAACAAUGGAUAUGUCCAAUGCAGGAAACUAUGGAGCAUCGAAUUUUGCGGAGCCGCAAAGCACUGAAGCUUUCUGAUAGCGAGCAACAAAUUCUGAAAGCAAGCGCCAGUAUGAACUUUGAGGAUAUUGCUGAACUUCCAUCAGGAUUUUCCAAAGAUAAACACGCAAAAGCAUCGGUUGCAAACAUUCCAUUACUCCCCGAGUUCAUGCAUAGGUUGCAUUCGAAACAAAAAAUAGAAUACAGACAGACAGAAAUGCCUAAAUUCCUGUAUAGUCUAAUACCCCGUGUCGUCAGCUCGGGAAGAAAAUAUUACUGUGAAAGUCGUGAAGCGGCUUGGACUGCCAUCCGCCACGAGCAGUGUGAAUCAACAGAUGGCUUUCAAUUGGUUGACCAAGCGUUCAAAUUGUCAUACCCGAGCGCGUUUGGGUGGUCCAACAUUGUUAUUCCGGAUAAGCAAACCCUUGUGUCAGACGCUGGCAAGUUGGCAGUACUGGACUCUUUACUCACACGUCUGAAAGCCCAAGGUCAUCGAGUUUUGAUUUAUUCUCAGAUGACAAAAAUGAUUGAUCUCUUAGAGGAAUAUAUGUGGCACAGGAAGCAUCGUUACAUGCGACUCGACGGUUCAAGUAAAAUAUCCGCACGAAGAGACAUGGUGGCUGAUUUCCAAAAUCGUGCGGAUAUAUUUGUCUUCUUACUGUCGACCAGAGCUGGUGGGCUUGGAAUCAAUUUAACCGCUGCUGAUACGGUUAUUUUUUACGACUCCGAUUGGAACCCGACUGUCGAUCAACAAGCUAUGGACCGCGCUCAUCGCCUGGGUCAAACGAAACAGGUUACCGUUUAUCGUUUAAUCUGCAAAGGCACAAUCGAAGAAAGAAUUUUGCAGCGCGCACGUGAAAAGAGUGAGAUUCAGCGUAUGGUGAUAAGUGGAGGAAAUUUUAAACCUGAUACCCUGAAACCUAAAGAAGUUGUUUCACUUUUGCUGGACGAUGAGGAGAUCGAGUUGAAAUACCGACAAAAGACUGAGGAAAGGAAGUUCGUGGCCGAAGAUCUACCAAAGAACGAUAAGGAGCGUGAUAGAAAGCGAAAGCAGAAUGCCGCAUCCAACAAGUUGGUGGAUCAAAAGAAAAAUAGAACGGAUGGUUUACUCGAUGCGUAUGAUUUGGCCUUCCUGGAAUCUGGGGCUCCCAGCCCUGCGUUAAGUGAACAGUCGAACACAAGCGGUCACAUAAAAUUAUCCGAUGUUGGAAAUCGGGGAUACGAAUCUAGCAAUGAUGAGCUAAUGGCUGAUUGCGAUAGCACGAGUGGAUCUCAUACCCCAGUUUUAUUUUCAACUUACGAUGGUCUGGGCAAGCAGCGAAAACGCCAUCAUCCACGUGGAACCAAGCGCGGAAGACCACGUGGGUCGCGGCGUGGAGGCGGUACGGGUAGCGCCGGACGAACAGAAUCAACCGGUGCGGCAUCGAACAGUAAUGAUAUACCAUCUACAUCUGAUGCACCAGUUAUACAACAGUUACCGCAAGUCAAACGGGGUCCCGGUCGGCCACGGCUUAAACCAAACGGCCCCAGUCAUCAAGGAUACCGUAGCCACACUAGAAGUGUUCCACGACCGCGGAAACCGGUGGGUCCCCUUGUUGUGCCACUAGGACAAAGCCCGGCGGCUACUCCAAAAGUUCGGAGCCCUGCACAAAGUCCGGCACAAAGCCCUGCGCGUGAAAGAGUACAAAACAUUCAUUCGGUGGACGAAGACAACGUUUAGUAGGUGAUGACGAUUUAUGUUUUAUCAAUUAUGACUACACUAUACGAUUGACGUGCUAUAUGAAAUACACAUAAUGAUUUACUUUAAA